AUGGAUUCUCAGGAACAGAGCUCAGCUGCCGUUGCCCGUGACCCGAGCCGCCCGGCGCCUCCUGAGUGUGUCCAUCUGAGGAGCGGGACGCCGCGUGGGAGGAGAAGAAAGGACUGGUCCUGCUCGCUGGUCAUGGCCUCUCUCGUGGGCGCCUUCGGCUCCUCCUUCCUCUAUGGGUACAACCUCUCAGCGGUGAACGCCCCCGCUCCGUACAUCAAGACCUUUUACAAUGAGUCGUGGGAGAGAAGGCAUGGACAUCGGAUAGACCUGGAUACUCUGACUCUGCUCUGGUCUGUGACCGUGUCCAUAUUCGCCAUUGGUGGACUCGUGGGGACGUUCCUGGUGAAGUUGAUCGUAAAGGUUCUUGGGAGGAAAUUGACUUUGCUGGUCAACAAUGGGUUUGCAAUUUCCGCCACGUUGCUGAUGGCCUGUUCUCUCCACGCAGGAGCCUUUGAAAUGCUCAUCCUGGGACGCUUCAUCAUGGGCGUGGAUGGAGGCAUCGCCCUCAGUGUGCUCCCCAUGUACCUGAGCGAGAUCUCACCCAAGGAGAUCCGCGGCUCUCUGGGGCAGGUGACCGCCAUCUUCAUCUGCAUUGGCGUGUUCACGGGGCAGCUGCUGGGCCUUCCUGAGCUGCUGGGAAAGGAGAGCACCUGGCCGUACCUGUUUGGAGUGAUUGCCGUCCCCGUCUUGGUCCAGCUGGUGAGCCUGCCCUUUCUCCCUGAGAGCCCACGCUACCUGAUCUUCGAGAAGCACGACCAGGCUGGAGCUGAGAAAGCCUUCCAGACAUUCCUGGGCAAAGAGGACGUCUCCCGAGAGGUGGAGGAGGUCCUGGCGGAGAGCCGCGAACAGAGGAACAGCCGCCUGGUGUCCGUGCUGGAGCUGCUCAGGAGUCCUUCUGUACGCUGGCAGGUCAUCACUGUGGUCAUCACCAUGGCCUGUUACCAGCUCUGUGGCCUCAAUGCGAUUUGGUUCUACACCAACAGUAUCUUUGGAAAAGCUGGAAUCCCUCCGGAAAAGAUCCCAUACAUCACCUUGAGCACUGGUGGCAUCGAGACUUUGGCUGCCAUCUUCUCUGGCUUGGUCAUCGAGCGCAUGGGACGGAGACCCCUCCUCAUUGGUGGCUUUGGGCUGAUGACCCUCUUCUUUGGGAUCCUCACCAUCACGCUGACGCUGCAGGACCACGCACCCUGGCUCCCUUACCUGAGUGUCGUGUGCAUUCUGGCCAUUAUCGCCGCCUUCUGCAGCGGGCCAGGCGGCAUCCCCUUCAUCCUGACCGGCGAGUUCUUCCAGCAAUCGCAGCGGCCAGCUGCCUACACCGUGGCAGGAACCAUCAAUUGGCUCUCCAACUUUGCCGUCGGGCUCUUGUUCCCGUUCAUUCAGAAAAGUCUGGACACCUACUGUUUCCUGGUCUUUGCCGCAAUCUGCCUCGCAGGUGCUCUCUAUUUGUAUUUUUUCCUGCCUGAGACCAAAAACAAAACCCAUGCCGAAAUCAGCCAGGCAUUUGCCAAAAGAAACAAGGCCUACCCACCAGAGAAGAAAAUUGACUCAGCUGUAACUGAUGAUAAAACAAAUGGAAGGCCUGAACCGGACUCCUCCUCCACACUGGAGAAUUGUGUCAAAAAGAGGAUUGUCUGAACGGAUGAUCUCACCAUUCUUGGAAACGGAAGAGUCCCCUGCAAGUUUAACGUUACUAAGUAUUUAAAAAUAAACCUUUGCUAAUCUAACAUCACCGCCAAUUGGGGUUUAUUCACAGCUGAAUCCCCCAAACUCUUCUGGCAGCUGGAAAGAAUCACCCUAUGUUUCAGUGGACCCAGCAUCCUUCUGUAGACAUCCAUGGCCUGCCUUCUUCAUGACUUACCCCAUGAUUUCAAAAUGAAAUUGGGGAAGUAGCAUUUGAAUGCGUUCUCAAAUAAUAACAAUCUAGUCUGACAGAGGACUCGAUGGACUAGAAAUCCAGACUGAGUUUCCAGUCCCAGCUCUGCCAGAAAUAGCCUUGAGCCACCCUCAGCCUGGAUCCUGAAGCAUCCAAGGACCCUUGGCUUUGAUCCUGGAUGAAGGUUUUCAUACCUCCUAAUA